ACAAAAGUGGUUACCUUCCUGUAAAACCCAAAUGUCACGGAAUCCACUCUUUGAUACACUGCAAAUCAAACAUGGUAUUGGGUGUAUCUAUACGACAGACACUGCGCCAUAAUGCAGUUCCUAUUAACGCAAAAGAUAGAUUCUUCCAAACCAAUGAUAAUUGGUCUCGUGCGGAAGUUAGACACAGUUUUAGUUUGGUGAUAGAACAAUCCAGGAUUCCGGAGAAUUUAGUUUAGGAGUAUCAAACAUUUAUUGGCUGUUGAAGUUUUCAUUGAGCUAAAAAUGUAUUGGAUAUAAUAUUAAAUUGGGGUUUCGUACGGACGAUAAUUCAAUUACAGACCGAAACGUGCAUUUAUUCGCCACUUGUUUUUUUAAUUAUUAUUAUUAAUCGCAUGUCGUCAGUUUAAUCUUCGAAUUUAGAUAGCAGGAGACGAUCCAACGAUGGAUAAUUUCAAUCUUUUGGGCCAAGUUUUCCUGCUAACAUGGAUAUGCCUAUUGAGUCACAUGACAACAGAGAGUGUUGAGCGAAAUGAAUCAUUUGUUGCUUGUGUUAACGGAUCCACGUUGUUGAAUUUGACGAACUCUGGCACGCAAAUUCGCACAUCCACUGAAUGUUUUGUUUUUUGUCAAACGAUUGGAUCUAAAUUUUUGGGCAUUCAGACAUUCUACAACCCUGUCUUGGUCUCGACUCUCAUCGCUUGUACUUGCCUAGAUAAAAAACUGGAGGAGAAUUUCUUUGCAAAUACUAUUGUUCCGUUUCAUGAAUGUGACGUAAGUUGUCGCGAUAAUCCGUCGCUAUCAUGCGGAGAUAGUAUACUAGCCUCAGUGUACAAAACCUCGGCAAGAACAUGUGAGGAUCCGGGUGUGCCGAUUAACGGGUCCCGGACAGGCGAUGAUUUCGUGAUUGGUAGUUCGGUUACAUACAACUGUUCAUCUGGCUUGGAGGCGGAUGGUCCCACCGUAUCGCAAUGCUGGUGGGUGGAUAAUAUCACCCUCGAUAUCAAUUGGACUUCCCCUCCUCCAGCGUGCAUUGACCCGACUUUGGUGGUCACCAACCCAAGUUCAACUGAUCGAAUUGAGACAACUUCCCAGAUGACAAACAUUGUGACUGCGCUACCCCAUAAAGACGUUACGAUACUCAUCAUAGCAAGUUUGGCGGUGGCCUUUACUCUCGUUGUCAUCAUUAUCGUCGCAAUAGUAAUAGUUCGCAAGAAACGUCGAAAGCGAAGGGCUAACAUUUCAAGUGAACCAGGCCAAUCCAGUCUCCCACUCAACAAAACAAAGGCUCAGGUCCAAGAGACGACCCCAAGCAAGAAAAAAGAUCAGGAAGGUGAAGUUGAGAGUGACUACCUUGUCCCAGAUGCGACACUCGUUUCUUCGACGAAGAACACUUAUCAAGGUCUAACCCUCCAGCGUGUGGACGAGAGACCCCGACUUCCUGCACCGCCAUCGAUAAAAGUUGUUCUCACACCGGAAGAGACUUUCUAUCAGAAUUCUCUCAGUAUCGCUUUAAGCCGCUCGAAUGAAAAAUUGAAUAAAGACGUGAAGACUACUCCAAAGGAAGUUGGUAAGCAUGAUAAAGGACAUGCGAGUAAGACUGUUUCUCCGCGCCACAAAAGAUCCCCUGCCGUUGAUGGCGCUGUCGGGAAACAACCCGCGAAGAAGACGUCAUCCUUGCCUCUUCCUUCGGAUGGGAUUUACCAGAAUACCCAGGUGGGCACCACGCCAAACACUCCAAGGAUGCCCCCGACGGCACCAAAAAGUGACGAUCGACGAGCGAGCCACGAUUUAAGCAGGCAAGCAGUACAGAGAAGUUCUCUCAAACACACAGACUCUGUGGACUAUAUCACCCCAAAUGAAGUCAAUGGGGAAGAGGUGUACGAGAAUGCGCGUGUAAUGAUGCAGCAUCAAGGGCCUCGACGUCCCAUCAGCAACCAUGAUCCAAAUACCAAUGUUGCUUUAGACGCUGGUGAUAGUGAUGGCGUGUAUCUUGAUUUAAUUUAGCCCCUAGUUAAUUUUUAUCAUAGAACUGUGAUGUAGGAAUAGCUGAAGUUAACAUGGUUAUAGGCAGUGCCAAAUUGAUGUUUGUCGGGUAUAAUGUAUUUCAGUACCAUUUCAAAAUUUUUACAUGAUGGUUAGUAAAGUGAUGGCCUAAAAUAUAAAUUUCGAGACGAAUUAGAUGUGGCUAAUCUUCCCAAAGCAAAGCCGAUGAAAGAUAGAGUUUACUUUCGAAAUGCCGAGGAAGUGAAAGUUUUCAUCAGUCACUAAUGCGUUAUUAUUUCGUGUAUAAACAUGCACAGAUCAGGUACUGACAUAAUAACUAAGAAUGUUCUUGUCCAAGAAUUAUUAGAUAAACCAGUGGUCAAUAGGUUAAAAGACAGUAUACUAUAGACUGGUGUCAGUAUGAUGUUAAAAUGCAUAUUAUUUACGAUAUAGUAAUGAAACAUCUCCAUCGUUUGUGACGUAUGUACGCAGUGAGAUUAUUACUAAGUAAUUUUACCAGAUUUGUGCAUGUACACACAAGUCUUGUGCAAUGUAAAAUGAAUAUAUAAUUCUAUUGAGAUUAUCUUAGUUGUAUAGAAUUUAGGAUCAAGUCCACCUUAAGAAAAAUGUUGAUGUGAAUCAAUAGGGAAAAACCCAACAAGCAUAAUGUUGAAAAUGUCAUCAAAAUCGGAAGUAAAAUAAGAAAGUAAUGACAUAUUGGGUUUCGCUUAUUUUUUUUUACAAACAGUUACAUGCAGAACACAGUGGCAUGCAAAUGAGAGAGUUGAUGAUGUCCCUCACUAUUUCUUUCAUUUUUUAUUGCUAAAUUAUACAAUACUUGAAUUUUCACAAAUUUGACAAUAAGGGCCAACUUGACUGAACCAUGAAAUGUUAAAAUAAUGUAAUUCCACAUAUUCAGGGAAAAAUAAAGCUUCUUCCACAUUUUCAUGAGAAAAAAUAAGAAUAUUUCAUAUUUCAUACAGUAAAAUACAAACAUAAAUAGUGAGUGGGUGACGUCAUCAGUCCCCUCAUUUGCAUGCAGACAUUCUAUUUUGGGAAAUUAAGCGAAAUUAAAAAAUUUCCUAACUUUCUUAUUUUACAUCAGACUUUGAUGAAAUUUUCAGUGUUAUGCUUGUUGGAUUUUGCUCUUUUUGUUUAGAUCAACUUUGUUCGGAGUGGACUUGACCUUUUAAAAUUUGAUAAGAACAAUCAAUGGAUGGUCGGUCAUUGAAAUCGGACUGUGUUUUACAUGGAAAGUAAAAGUGCAUUAUUCCGAAUAUUUUUUUUUCAAUUCUUCUUAUUAUAGUAAUGUCUAAACAGUACUGUGACCCGAAUAAGAAUUGGGCUGUUUCACCCCCCCCCCCCCCGAUUUCAACCCUCACUUUUUGUCGAGAUGUAUUUGCAACGUGAAAAGAUCGCUUUCGUGACUUCUUUUCUCAAGUGUGGCAACUUUUGACAAGGCCCUGGAAAUGAUUUUGGAAAAGGUGGUGCUUGUUUUUGAAAAAAAAAAAUAACAAGCAAGCAAGCAACAAAAAUAAAAUAAUUUUCGCUCCGAAAUGAAGGUAAAUUAGCAUACAAAUCUGACUUCGAGGUGUUGCUGCCUGUGGUGUUUAACAUACACAGCACCCCCAGCUACACUGCAAAAACUUCAGUGUUAAUUUAACACCAGUCCGGAAACUAUAUUUGACCACACCAGAGAAGUAUUAAAUUAACACCAAUUAGUGUUUAAAAACAGCAUCGAUUUAAUUUCAAACCGGUGUUGUUUCAACACCUCUCAAAUGUGGUUAUAUAUAGAUUCCGGACUGGUGUUAAAUUAACACCGCAGAUUUUGCAGUGUAAAAUUUUGGCACCCCUGCCUCCUAUGGUCAUGAUUUUUUUUUAUACCUGCUACAGAGAGAUACGAUAGAUUCAAAUUAAAAUCAAAUUUAUAUUGAUCUAAACUCUCCACACAAAAUUAGAUCAGUCGCAAUUUGAGAAUGAUUCAGAUUUAUUGCAACUCUUUGUUAAACGAGGGCCCAGAUGUUGGAUUCCGGACACCUACGGCUACAUAAUGUCAAUGCAUGUCACACCCACAUAGCUGAAAUCGUUAUAUCAUGUACAAGUCUAAAUAAUUAAAAAAGUGUUUGAACAAA